CCUUCGACGCGCUGCGCGCACAGCCGGAGCGCAAAGCUUCUCCUUCUCCCCCUCAGCGGCCUGGACGUUCUCAAUAUGAGCGGCAUCGCCUGCGUCGAGAAACACCUGAGUAUGAUGCACGACUACCACAGAAGAAAUUCGUAUCUAUAGCUUUUAAGGACUUGAUUACAUCGUUUUAAAGCCUGGUAGUUUUGGAGUCAUCCGUUUAGAAGACGCAACUGCCUGCAUUAUUCCAAGCUGCUGUUUAACUUAGGAGGAAUAUAAAUUGACGGGCUCUCAUAUUAACACACAAGAAGACUUCGGAUUAUUCAAGCCACAGAAACAGCAAAAAUGAUUCCUAAUGGCUAUUUGAUGUUUGAAGAUGAAAACUUCAUUGAGUCGUCCGUUGCCAAGCUAAAUGCUUUGCGAAAAAGUGGCCAGUUCUGUGAUGUUAGACUCCAGGUCUGUGGGCAUGAGAUGUUGGCACAUAGAGCUGUUCUAGCUUGCUGCAGUCCUUAUCUGUUUGAAAUCUUCAAUAGCGACAGCGACUCUCACGGAGUUUCCCAUGUAAAGUUUGACGAUCUUCAUCCAGAAGCUGUUGAAGUCCUGUUAAACUAUGCCUACACUGCUCAAUUGAAAGCUGAUAAAGAACUGGUCAAAGAUGUGUACUCUGCAGCCAAGAAGCUGAAGAUGGAGAGAGUCAAGCAGGUUUGUGGAGAUUAUUUGCUCUCCAGAAUGAGCGUCGAAAGCUGCAUCUCCUAUCGGAACUUUGCAAGCACCAUGGGCGAUUCGCGUUUACUGAGCAAGAUUGAUAGUUACCUUCAGGAGCACUUGUUACAGAUCUCUGACCAAGAGGAAUUUCUAAAACUGCCACGUUUAAAGCUGGAGGUCAUGCUUGAAGACAAUGUUAGCUUACCCAGCAAUGGCAAAUUAUACACAAAGGUAAUCAACUGGGUGCAGCGAAGCAUCUGGGAGAAUGGAGACAGUCUAGGAGAUCUGAUGGAAGAGGUUCAAACGUUGUACUACUCAGCCGAUCACAAGCUGCUUGAUGGAAACCUGCUAGAAGGACAGGCUGAGGUGUAUGGCAGUGAUGAUGACCACAUUCAGUUUGUGCAGAAAAAGACCCCCCGUGAGAAUGAUCUCAAGCAGAUAAGUAGCAGUUCCUCUGGAAGUCUUUCUCCAAACGCAGCAGUGCAGAGUCCUAAACACGAGUGGAAAAUUGUUGCUUCAGAGAAGACCUCAAAUAAUACCUACCUGUGUCUCGCUGUUCUGGAUGGCGUGUUUUGUGUGAUUUUCCUUCACGGGCGUAACAGUCCCCAGAGCUCUCCGACCAGCACUCCACGGUUGAUGAAAAGCUUGAGUUUCGAGAUCCAGCCAGGCGACCUUAUUGAAAAGCCCAUGUCUCCGAUGCAGUAUGCUCGAUCUGGAUUGGGAACAGCAGAGCUUGGCAACAAGCUCAUAGCCGCAGGUGGCUAUAACAGAGAAGAAUGCUUGCGCACCGUAGAAUGUUACGACCCCCGAAAGGAUUGCUGGACUUUCGUUGCACCGAUGAGGACACCAAGAGCCCGGUUCCAGAUGGCAGUGUUGAUGGGGCAGCUGUAUGUUGUUGGUGGGUCCAACGGCCAUUCAGAUGACCUGAGCUGCGGAGAAAUGUAUGACCCGGAGAUUGAUGAUUGGACUCCCGUUCCAGAGCUGCGAACCAACCGUUGCAAUGCAGGUGUUUGUGCCCUGAAUGGAAAGCUGUAUAUUGUUGGCGGCUCGGAUCCUUACGGUCAGAAAGGAUUGAAAAACUGUGACGUCUUCGAUCCCAUAGCAAAAUCCUGGACAAGCUGUGCUUCACUUAACAUCCGAAGACACCAGUCUGCUGUAUGUGAGCUCGGUGGACAUUUGUACAUCAUCGGAGGAGCCGAAUCUUGGAACUGCCUUAAUAGCGUGGAGCGUUACAAUCCAGAAAACAAUACCUGGACCCUGAUUGCACCUAUGAACGUGGCUAGGCGUGGUGCAGGUGUUGCCGUACUUGAUGGAAAACUCUUUGUUGGCGGCGGCUUCGAUGGUUCGCGUGCUGUCAGCUGCGUGGAGAUGUAUGACCCCGCUAAGAACGAGUGGAAGAUGAUGGGUAGCAUGACCAUCCCAAGAAGCAAUGCUGGUUUUGCAACCGUGGCCAACACCAUCUAUGCAGUGGGCGGCUUUGAUGGCAAUGAGUUUCUGAACACAGUCGAAGUCUACAACCCAGAGUCAAAUGAGUGGAGCCCAUACACAAAGAUCUACAAAUUCUGACGGACAGGAGGAGUGUCUUUAAAACUAACAGGCUUAGUGAUGUAAUUGUCAGUAGAGGUACACAUGUGAAUAGGGGGCGGGGGGUGUUAAGUUGCCAUCAGCAACACAAAAGCUUUUUGCAUAUUGCAUACUAUUAAUAUGCUGUACAUAUUUUUAUUUUAGAAGACGUGCAGGGUGUUCUUUGUUUUAGGAUUUGUUACUUUAGGCUGGAAGUUGAUAAUUCUGAGAGAAUUAGAAUGAAAGCUGAUGGCAUAUCAUUUCAAGAGCUUCCCCCAAUGUUUGUUUUGCCAAUUUGCACACACAAGUACUUUAACCUUAGAAUUUGUUUCUGGUACCGGCAGGAAAUAUAGUGAGUCUUCAAUGUGAGCAAUGCUUUUUAGGCCUUGUUCGAGUUUUUUUGUUUAAUCUUAACUGGGGAAAUCUAAUAAGCCUUAUUUAAAUAGAUUUUGGCUUUACAUAAAAGAAAGCUGACACACCUGCCAAUUUGACUGCCUUUUAUAACUUUUUAUAUAUAAAUAUAGUCAUAGCCAGUUAUAUUCUGAAGUGACAUGAAAUAAUAAUGUUGAAACAAAAAACAGUGAGUAAAAUCUCAAAAGUUCAUAAACUGAAGUGAAACAUGUCGUUUCUUCAUGUGUGAGAGCCUUUCAUUUUUGUUUUCCUGCUACAUUGUAUGAAAUCCAAGUAUGCAAUAUUGAUUUUCAUUGCCUUCGAGUGGAGUUUCUGAACGUGGCCAUAGUGUAAGGAAAGGGGGGCGGGAAUCUGGUUCUGAAAUUCAACUGAUUUAGAGAGGGUGCUUUUUCUGUAUGGUUGUUAGGUUAAGCAGUUGUAAUAAACAUGCAAAGCUGCAAAAUGCUAAAAUUGUGUGGUGUGUUAGCAAAGUUACCUAUCUGAAAAUCAUUGUAUAAGUUUGUAUCUUUCUACUGCAACCUAAAAAAAAUGCUAUAAUUAAAAACUGUGCUUCAUUUGUUUAACAAUG